GGCGUGUCUGGAGAGUGGCGGAUAUCCGGCGGCGCCAUUUUGUUUUUCUCCAUUCGUGUGUCAAGGGUAAGAAGAGGAAGAAGAAGAAGAUGUUGUCCUUGGUGAGGAGCGCGCUGCAGAUCUCCGGUCGGGGGGCGCAGAGAACGAUCAGCAGACGAUCUCAUCACAAAGCCGAAGCCGACUUCCAUGACAAGUAUGGGAACGCCAUCCUGGCCUCCGGGACCCUCUUCUGUAUCGGCAUCUGGACUUAUGUGAUCACCUCCACAGGGAUUUGCUGGAACACGUCUCCGGUGGGGAAAGUGACGCCGAAGGAAUGGCGGCAGAAGUAGAGGGACUCCGGAGUGAGCUGUACAUGGACCAGCCUUGUGUCCCCUCUGUGACCUCUGUGGCCCCUCGCAGGGCGGAGCCCGGGGCCCGAUGUAAUAAAUCUGAAAUAAAUGUAUAAAACUCUU